CGCAGUCAGAGGCUGAGAAUGAUUACAUGUCGAGAGUCUCAUAUGCUAUUGCAGUAGGUAGUUUGAUGUACACUAUGAUAUGCACUAGACCUGAUCUUGCACAUGUUGUUAGUGUUAUCAGUAGGCUUACGAUACAACAUGGGAAGGAACAUUGGCAUGCUGUGAAGAGGAUCUUCCGGUACCUUAAGGGUAUAUUUGAUUGUGCUUAGUGGGGAUUAGCUUUGGAAGUGAUACAUAGUGCUUAGUGGCUGGUUAUUCAGAUUGUGAUUAUACUGGAGAUGUUGACAUAAGGAGAUCGAUGUCCGAUUAUGUAUUCACUCUUGGGAGUUCUAUAGUGAGCUGGAAGGAAACUCUGCAGUCGAUAGUGACAUUGUCUACUACUAAAGCAGAGUACAUGGCAUUGACGGAAACUGCUAAGGAGGGAAUAUGGUUGAAGGGGUUGGUUGGUGAUCUGGGUCUACAUCAUGAUCAGGCAGUGGUGUAUUGCGAUAGUUUGAGUGCAAUAUGCUUGUCCAAAGAUCAAGUCCAGCAUGAGAGGACUAACCACAUCGACGUGAGGUAUCAUUUCUUGAGGACAGAGAAAAGGAUUAAGGUGAAGAAGGUUGACACCACGGAUAAUCCUGCUGACAUGUUCACGAAGCCGGUUCCACAUGGAAAGUUCCAACACUGCUUGGACUUGCUGAAUGUCUUGAUUGGGUGAAUCCUCCCUAAGGGGCAUUGAUUGUAGGAGGGAGAGAAGGAUCAGAGUAUAUCAAAGAUUGCAGAGGAAGAGGAUUCAAGUAAAGGUGGAGAUUUGUUGAUGUGACUUGAAUCGGACUAUCAGCCUCUAUGACUGGAAGUCACAUGGGUCUCGCAGCCCGACCAGCGAGUGGGGUCCAGGGGCAACGCCCCCGGCCUACGGUGUAUGGGCUCAAUGUUGUUUGGGUGCGUGUUCUGGGCCUGGUAUGUAACUACUUCUCCUUUACCCGAUUUGGAUUAGUGUUAGACUUUGGAGAAGUAGUAUAAAUACUUCUCAUUCUCCUCUGUAAUCUGUAUCUUCUCAAAGUAUAGUUAAAUUGGCUCUUUGCUGACCAUGGACUAGCUAACAUACAUUGUGUUAGUGAACCACGUAAAUCGUGUAUCGUGUGUGUGCUUUCGUUUUUCUUGCAUUGUCGAAUUCUCCAAUUUUCCGAUCCGUAGAGAAAAAGUCAUGACAAUUUUGUUAGCUGAAUUGUAUAGUUAAAACUUUUUUGUAGCUUGCUAACAAACAGUGACGCAAGUAAAGAUUAACUAUAAAUUUUUCCUUUGCUUAGUUAAUAACAUAUACUUUUAUCUAAAACUUUUAAGUGGGGAUUUCUAUAGGAAUCAGCACUAAGUUGGAGUACAAUAGCUAUGUUCAAGUGAAGUGGUUGCUUGUGCUAAUCAUUUUAAUCAGUAGUAUAUGUAUAAUUUGAUUUGAUUAAUUUGGAUGAUUGGUUAGGUUAAACUUUUUAGCUUGUUUGAUUUAAGUGGUUUGGUCUGAUUGCACACACUGCUAACUAAUUAAAAUAAUUAUCCAGUUAAGUAACUAGUCAUAUAUCUAAAGCAUUAUAAAUACAUACUUAAUACUUUGUGUAAUCGUUCAAGAAAAGCGGUUCUCCCUUUUGGACCCAUAAAAAAUAAAAUUCACAAAUGUUCAAAGAAUCGAUGCAUCAACAUGAGAUUUUUUUUCUCGUGGAAUGAUAAUGUUAUGUUAUAUUGGCUAAUCCUAUCAACCAAUUAGUCAAACUGAUUAAACUUUAGAAUUUGGUUAAUUUGGCCGAUUUUGUUAUGAUGUUGGAUUCCAUGUCUAAUAGAAUUUAGAGUUAACU